AUGCGUCGCUCGGCUCGUCUCUCUGCGAUCAGCGGAAGUGAAACGCUGCAGAAUGUACAAGAACCAGAGGACUCAUUGCACGAUGUCACUGCCAUUCUGAACGCAGAAGCGAGCAACUCCAAUCGAACGCCGACUUCGAAACGAAAGCGUAACGCCACUAAACAAGUCCAUCAUGGAGAGUCACCGAGCAAGAGGAGGGAAGUUCAAGAUGUGCGUGCAUCGACUCUCGCAAAGUCUCCGAGCAGACCUUCCACGAUACGAUCCUCUGGCAAGCUGAAAGCGCGUCCGUCUCUUGCUCUCCGCCCACUUCCCUCGAAGCGGGAUGCCUAUGAUCUUCCCGAAUCACCUACCGACGGACCAGAACCGAAAAACCUGAUGAGUCCGCCGGUGAAGAUGAGAGUUUUAAACAAGAGAAAGCAACUGCCGGUCUCGCCAUUCAGGGGCAGAGGAGAAUUCGACACGAGAUCCACGGCUACAGUCUAUCUAGAUGACUCCCCUAGAAAGGCCGUCACCAAGAAUACGCUGCAGAAGAUUGGAUCCUCGUUUCUGAACUUGAAGCCUCCUGCUCGGCAGCAAGCCUCGACGGACAUUCCAUUCAAUGGAGAUGUAUUUGCAGAGGCUCUUGUCGCGUCUGAUGGCCCGGACACGCCCAUUCUCCUCCCAUCCCAAGUCAACAAGCUCGCUUCUACCGAGGCUGAUUCCAGGACACCAGUGAAGCGAAGGAUUGCUCAACCCUUAAGCGGACAAGUCAAAGCAGCGGCCCGUAAUGGACCCCCAUCUUCCACCGAACAUGACCAAGAGCAGAUAUCCGAGAAGGCCAGGGUACCUAACCCACUGGCACACGCUGUCGUAGCGACGCAAACCAAAAGUAAUAGUCCCAGGGGCAGAAAAAAGAAGUCCACGCUUCCAGAUCGGUCAUUGACUGCCGGUCUUGCGCCCAAGACUCCCGUCAGGGAAAUCAGCUCAGCUCUUCAUGCGCCCGAUGCUUCUGCAUCGGAUAGAAGACAGAAUCCAGGCACAUCGAGACCGGCCGCCUUACACGACAGAGAAGUCGCCGAUGAUAACGAUGACACCGACAACAUUAACAACAGAAAUGCUUCAGAUGAAGAGGAUCCCGAGCAACGAGGAAAUGAAGACGGCGACGAUGACAGCUUUGGAAAGGCAACUAAUUGCCGACCAGAAGCCGAAGACAGCUAUGAUCAACAGGGACAUCAGGAUGAUCAUGAUGUUCAAGAGAAUCGACCAAAAUCACGGGUCCAACGCCCAGAGACCGAAGCCGAGAGACGGAGGCGAAAGCAGCUAGAAGCUGAAGAGGAAGAUGCCGAGGCAAGGCGUGUACGAAAGGCAAUGAAUAGCAUCAACGAAGCGGCGGAGAUUUUUGACUGCAAGUUGGCCUGGCAGACAGCUCUUGUAGCUUCAGCUGAGAUUACCGAAGAGAGGGCAUAUUCGGAGCUCAGGUCUACGAAUGGCAAAGCUAUAGCUCGCUCGUUGAGAUCUCUGGCGGAAGCAUAUAAAGAGUUAAUUCGCCAUGGUAACAACUCCGAUGCUGGUGGUUCUACCGCGACUAUUCAAAAGGAUCUCCAAGUGUACAAACAGCGAUGCCAGCACAUCAGUGAAUGUAGACAUUCCCCGAUUCUCGACCGUCACCAGGACCGCAGACGCGAACGCAAACACAUGAUCUGGGACAUCUACGAACAUCUUGUUCCUGACUCGCUUAAACUGGCCAAAUACGUCCUUCGCGCACAAUAUCAGGCCAAUCACUUGAACACGGCCGCUCUCAGAGAAAUGAUCGAGGUCUUGAAAGUCACCCGGCUAUUAGCGAAUAGCGCUACCCAGUGGCAGCCGAGGCCGAAGGUUCCCGUUGGCAUCAGAAGGAAAGUGCAGCUGAAAGUUGCGCAGAACGUUGAACACAUAAUACGCCAAUACCAGGAAAAGGUCUCGAUUGAAGACCAAGAGAUCUAUCGUGACGAACUAGAGAUCAAGCAAAGAGCCGAUCAUGAGCGGUUCCUAUUGGAGGUGCAGCGACGACGAGCAGCAGUCAGAGAGAAACAUCUCACCUACGCCGCUCGCAUCUCCCGAGAGCCAGUUGACCAAGUUGUCGACGUCGGCGAUUCGAAUCAAGACGAGCCACUCUACCAACAUGGACAAUCUAGAUUUAGUCAACCAAACGUUGUCGGCAGCCCACCCGACAAGGCCUUUACACAUCGGGAACCCACCCAGGAGAGUGGUCGAACAGCAGCUAAGCAAUGGUCCUCGAGUGAACUUGAGCUCUUGUUGAACGCGCUCCAAAAAUAUACCUCCCCAACAAGGUUUGAAGACAUAAUUGCUGCCUACGGUGGAUAUAGAGGUAGGCUUGGUAAGUACAACAAGGACGAGAUCAUCGCCCAGGCACGUUGGGUCAAAAAGAGCAUCUUGAGAGAAUCGUACGACUUUUACAACGGACAGUGGGACUGGCUCCUUUCUCUACCCGACUGA